AUGACCUCGAUCAAAAAAGACAUAGACUCUUUUAAAAUAAAAACGACCGACGAGUUUUUGCACAUGCUGCAUCUGAUGUUCGCGAACGCCGUCAUGUACAACAAUUCGCAGCAUGUCGUCAACAGCAUGGCUCAGGAGAUGGCUUUCGACGUGAUCGACCACCUGAAAGCAAUCCUUGACAUCUCACGGAUCGACGUCAGCUUGGUUGGCCAAACGGGCAAGUUUCUGCGAACGAUCGUGCCUUAA